AUGCCUAUUAAAAAAGGAAUUAAAAUCAGCUCAACAAAAAGAGGACAUCAUGAGAAACAUAAAAAGAAUUUUGUGAAAACUAAAAAGCAGAUUCAUAGGGAGAAACAGAUAAAAUCUAACAUAUUCAAGAAAACAAAGAAUGAAAUGCGCAAGGAAAAAAAUGAUGUUAUUGUUGACACCAAGAAACCAACAAAGAAGUCGAGUAUAAAAAAGAUCCAGAACAAUCAACAGCAACAAGAGCGUAUAGUGAAAGCUUCAGAUGUUUAUGAUAUGUUGGAAGAUUCAUCUGAAGAUGAUAAUAAUGAAUAUGAAGCGAAUCCAACGAAGCGACAGAGAAUUGAUUCGUUGUCAGAAGCUUCCAAUCAUUCAGAGUCAGAAGAGUCUCACGAUGAAAUGGAAAUUGAAGAAAUUGCUGAGAAUAUGGAGAUGGAACAAAGGAAGAAUUCAAAGAUUGAAGCCAAUUCAAUGAAGAAGAUGAAAGAGCUUCUUCCUAUUAAAACAAAGACUGGUGUUAUUCCACGAGUUGUUGAAGAUAAAAGAAAGUUGCCUGCUUUACCAGAACCAGAAGCAGAUGAGGAAUUGUCAGAACCAAUCGAAGAAAGUGACAGAGAUUCAGAUGAAGAUGUCAUCAUGGAUAAAAAUGCGAUACAACAACUUCAAAAAAAGGUAAAUAAGAAGAAAAUGUCAGCGACUGAACUUUUAAUGGAACGUGAACAAGAACUUCAAAGACAAAAAUUCCGGAUUGGAGUUGUUUGUUCGGGAAUUCUCGAAAAACCAGAAGAGAAAGUAAAGAAUCUUGGUGCACUUCUAACAUUGAUGGGUCACAUGGGUUCAAAGAACGAGGAAAAUCUUUCGAGUGUGAGAAAGCUUGCAAUGGUUUCAUUGUGUGAGGUAUUUAAAGACAUAAAUCCUGACUACAAAGUCGGUGUUAUUGACUUACAUCAACAGAAAGUGAAAAAAGAUACAUUAGCUCGGGUGGCAUAUGAAAAUGAAUUAUUGAAAUAUUUUAAAAAUUAUUUACGUGAGCUUGAGAAUUUAACGAAAGCUUUGAAACGAAGAAAGUACGGACCACGACCUUCUAAAGAACAAAUUGCACUUGCAGAAGUUGCAGUUCAAUGUCUUUGUGACUCUCUUUUGUCACAGCCUUAUUUCAACUUCAGUACCAAUAUUGGCCAAUUACUUGUAACUUUCCUAAAUUGUCCGAAUGAGAUUGUAAGGAAACGAAUUCAUGAGACAUUUGUGAAAAUUUUUAAAACUGAUAAACGCUUGGACCUCACCCGACACAUUGUUCGUAACAUCAAUCACCUCGUGAAGAAGAAAUCGAACUUUGUCUUUGUUGAAGUCAUCUCAUGUCUGACUUCACUUCAAAUCAAAAACAUAAAUGUUGAUGCCGAGAAGGAAGCUGAAUUGAAACAAAAGCGAAUGGAGCAACAUAAGUCACGUCUCAUCAGCAUGUCAAAACGUGAACGUAAAAGAAAGAAAAAAUUGGCUGAUCUUGAAAAGGAAAUGAUGGAAACUCAAGCUGAAGAAAACAAACAAACAAAGAAUUCAAAACUUACUGACGUUUCAAAACUUGUUUUCACGAUUUACUUUCGGAUUCUUAAACAAAAUCCAAACUCAAAGCUUUUGAGUUCAACAUUGGAAGGUUUAGCAAAAUUUGCUCACAUCAUUAACAUAGAAUUCUUCUCGGAUUUGAUUGAAGUGUUGAAUCACUUGAUAGAGAAUGUCGAUCUUGGAUAUCGUGAGCAAUUGCAUUGCAUCCAAACCGUCUUCACGAUUUUAUCGGGCCAAGGUGAAGUUUUAAAUAUUGAUCCAGCAAGAUUUUAUACACAUUUGUAUCAGAAUGUUAUGCAUGUCAAUGCUGGAAAGAAUCACAACGACAUUGAAUCAAUUGUUACAACAUUGGAGAAUGUUUUGAUUAAGAGAAGAAAAGGAAUCACUCACUUGAGAUAUUUGGCGUUUCUCAAACGACUAAUGACACUGAGUCUUCAAGUUCUUCACAAUGGCACGUUAGGAUGUUUAGGAAUCGUUAAAAAUGCUUUGCAACUUAAUUCUUCCCUGGACAUUCUUCUCGAUACUGAAAAUAAAGUUGGAAGUGGAAAAUUUGAUCCCUCAAUUAUUGAACCGGAAUUCAGUAAUGCAAAUUGUACGAGUUUCUUCGAGUUAGGCUUGUUAAAAAGACAUUAUCAUCCGACAGUUGUUAAAUUUGCAAAACACAUUUCUGGAGGUGUAAAAAUUAAUUCUGGCUUGGAACCAUCAUUAGCUAAACUAUCACCUUUGGAUUUAUUAUCACAAUUCGAUAGCAGUGAAAUGGCUUUCAAUCCUGCGAUACCACCACCGCCUAAGGAAAUAAAAUAUAAAAUGAUUCAUGGUCAGCACACAUUCAAACUGAAAGACAUCGAAGAUCUUUGUGUGAAUAGAAAGAUUCCUCAUGUUGCAAUGAAAUCAGAUAUUUCCUUUAAUUUUCAUUCAGAUAUUAAUAUGUAUUAACAUUGUAAGCUAUAAAUGAUUUUUUUCUAAUAAAUGAAUUAAAAUAACGAACA